AGCAGUGUCUAAUGAGAGUACAGACAGAUAUUUAUCAAAUAAGUAAGAAAGCCCUAGGACAUUCCAGUCAUUUAUUAGAGUGAAGAAAGAUGAGGAUGCAGUAGGUACUGUACAGCAAUUGCAGAAAAAGUUGUGUACAGUGGAAUCACAAAGGAAGAACAUAAAGUUACAGUACAAGGAGAGUAUAGAGAAGUAGUGCAAAGUGUAAGGCUAGAUACGCUGGAGCAUAUAGCAUAGAGGAAUUAUGCAUCUUUGCUGGAAUAACGGGAUUUCCCUGCUGGUACUCUGGAUUUCAGACAGAACACAGUGUAGUGAUAAUAUUUGCCCACCGGAGCCUGAAAGCUGUUUGAAUACAUCAAACUGUACCUGUAUGGACGGAUUAAAAAAAAUGUAUGUAGGAAAUACAUUUACCUGUGAAGACAUACAGGAGUGUCGUGAUGGUAGUCACAGGUGUGGUCAAUUAACAAAAUGUAGGAACCUGCGAGGCGGCUAUUUCUGUGAGUGUGCUAGUGGUACCCGCAGAGGAAAUGAAACACAAUUCUGUCCUACUGGUAAUAAAGCUGAGAAUGUGUGCACAGAUAUAGAUGAAUGCAGAGAAUCCUCGAGUAUCUGUGGUCCUAACAGUGACUGUACAAAUACAUUUGGUUCCUAUGUGUGUACCUGCCGCAGUGGGUACCGGAACAUCUCCAAUACAUGUUAUGAGAUGCCGAAAUGUAAAUCCAAUUUUACAAAUCCUGAGGAACUGGUGUUGUGUGCAAUGCUAAAUACAUCGGAUGCAGUCUGUUCUGUGCUCCAGAACACAUUCAAUCUUCUGGAAGUAUCCUGCCAAACAUAUAAGAACUUCAGAACUAAAGAGGAAGCAGUGAAAGAAUUUACCAAAGUAGUAGAUAAUCUCACUCAGAUCAUUGUCAAGUCUCCUCUCCCCUCAGCCCUUACCAGAGAUCAGAGGGGCAUAUUCGGCACGACAUUCCUGAGCAAUGUGGAGACAAUUGUUCUGUUAUCUUUUACUGAUUUUCCAAGGAGUCAGAAUAUCAGCACAUCUGGGAUAGACCUCUCAAUGAAGGCAUCCCGUGACUACUGUAGUCGUGGUGUUCAGUCCAUAAUCCUGAACCUUAGUGACAACAUUAUGGAGGUACCAUGCAGUUUGGUGUCCGGAGACAGAGACGGUGCAAUUUUUAUCACCUACAAAGGUCUUGAAUCAACCUUAAAUGGGAAUAUAUUAACUACACAAGACCCUGAAGAUAACAGAAAAUCUGUGAUCAUCUCAAGGGUGGUGACUGGAGCCAUCGCAAACCCAGCUAGGGUAAACUUUCAUUCGCCGGUGAUUUUCAGGCUUUCUCAUGUAGAGACCCUCAAACCCUUUCAUAAGUCUAUAUGUGUGUUCUGGAGCUCUGAUUUGUAUGGUUGGUCAAACACAGAUUGCAUCACUACAUCUUAUAAUAAUGACUACACCACCUGUUCCUGCUUCCAUUUUUCAAGCUUUGCUGUAAUCAUGGCACCACAUGACACUGCGGUGAUUAAGAAACACCAUGGUCUUACUAUUGUCUCUCACAUUGGCCUGAGUAUAUCCCUUCUCUUCCUGUGCCUCUCUCUUCUUACGUUCAUCAUCUGUAGGUCUCUGAGGACUGCUCACACCUCUGUCUUGACAGCUCUGUGUGGAUGUCUCUUCCUCGGACAGCUUCUCGUAACUGUAGGUCUUAACCAAACCUCUAAUAAGGUCCUCUGCUCAGUCAUUGCUGGUGGGAUCCAGUUCCUGUUCCUCUGUGCCUUCUGCUGGAUGUUUAUUGAGAGCAUCCUGCUCUUCAUGACUGUCCGUAACCUGCAAGCUCUGAAUUAUAUGACUUCUCAGGGCUCAAACUUUCCAAAGAUGUGUCUUGUUGGGUUUGGUAUCCCUGCUGUCAUUGUUGGGAUCUCUGCAGCAGUACAUCCACAUGAAUAUGGAACAGAGACAUAUUGCUGGCUCAGCACAGAUCUCGUCUGGAGUUUCCUUGGUCCAGUCUGUGUGUUCAUCAUUGUGAACACCACUCUCUUGGUCCUCACUGUGUUGCUACUCCGAACCAAGCUUGCAUCUCUAAACCCCAAUGUCUCCACUGCUAAGAACACUUGGUCCCGAGCCCGAUUCGGAUCCCAGCUCAGAUCGCAAAGUUCAGAGGAACCGAACCCGUUCAUCUCUACAUUUUUUGGAUAUUAGUGGCUUGAAAAUUUCCACCUACAGCGAGUCAGUACUUCUAUUAUGAGACCUGUAGUUCAACUAAUAUAAAGAAAAUAUAAACGCUGUAUGGGAGCGAUAUAAGAACUGGAGCGGAUCACUUUACUAUGUAUAGUUUUUUAAAAUACGUAUAUUUGUGUGAUGUCUUGUAUAUAUGAAAUUGCAAUUGCAAUAACUCUUAUGGAUAUUCUUAUUGAUAAAUACAUUUUAUAUAGAUAUUUUCAUUUGCUGGCUCUCAAGAAAUGUAUUCUGUCAUAUUGGUAUUAUGAGUAACAGCGCUGGUCCUAUGCACAUUUGUGCGUGUGCACUUAAGUGUGUACACACACAUUUGUAUAUAAUUUAAUUUCCAUUCAUGUCUAUAAGUGGAUCAAUUUUGCCUUGAUCCCAUAUUAGACUCUAGCAGCUGGAUUCUAAAUUAUAGGUGUAACAUUUAGAAAAUAUAUAUUAUACACAAAGAAAUGUAUUUCUAGCGCUGGAUACACCAGUCUAUACACUUAACUGGGUCUACACUGCAAUGUUCUUUGGUCCUUAUUUUAAAUAAACAUUCUAUAUUUUGAACAUAACCAAAGUUCAUAAACAUACUUACUUAUUGAAUAGCUCUAAAAACUGUGGGGGACUGCAGUUAUAAACACCCCUUUUGGCAGCAUAAACCACAGUCAUAACACAUUCCCUGACUGACAAGUGCAACAUUUUCAUUUAUUACAAUAUCAACAGCUUAUUCGCCUGCGCAAAUCGGUACUGAGAGUACACAGAUUUUACCAACAGAGA